UAAAAACCCCUCCAGGCUCCAUCUCUCCCAACAACAAAGAAACUCAAAAGAACAAGGAGACUGUAACCCAACAAAACUCUCUCUCUCUCUCUGUAUCUCUGUUCUUCUAUGGCUUUUAACGAAGAUGGAGAAGUAGGGUUUGAAGAGGGAAUGCCAUGGCUACCAUCUCAUGUUCUAGAUGAAGAAAUAUGGGAGUCCAAGGAACAUGGCAAUAGACACCAGAAGCUCCAUCAUCAAUAUCCAAAUCUUGAUCAAUUGCCUCUACAGCCAUACAAACUGCACUCAAAAUCCAGCCCAAGAUCUUGUAGAACAAGGUCCCCAACAAAUUGGGCAGGAGGACCUGGAAUGCAAGCAGUUUUUCUAGAUUCUGGUAAAACAUCAUGUGGGACAGGAGUUUUUCUUCCAAGAAGGGCAGGCUCCAAUUUGCAAUCCAGUAAAAAACCAGCUUGCUCUCCUGUUCUUCUACCUGCACGUGUUGUUCAAGCCCUCAACCUCAAUGUUCACGAAAUUGGCCUGCAAAUAUCACGCCGGCGAGAUGCCAAGAAUAACUCAAACAGUGGAGUCUACAAUCCAGUAAAAAGUAAAAAUGGCAAGGAUUCAUCAGCACACUGCUUGGUUGUAUCACAGAAUGAAAAUGCUUCACCAGAAAUAUUUCUUCCCAAAGAAUGGACUUACUAGCUCCCAAAUGAGUUACUAAUAUAAAAAUUCCAUAAAAAGCAAAAGCUCAAGUCUAGGUGUGCUCUUCUCAAACACCAACUAGCUGUUCAAUGUAACUUAAAUAAUGACAGCAAAAAAUCACCUCCCAUAUUUGUUGAUUUCAUUUGUAUCAUCCGCAUUUUAAUUAAAUGAGAGUUAUAUUAAA